AGAUACGUAGAUAAGGUUUACAACUAUAACGAGUAAGGCUAUUUGUGCUCUUUCUGGGGGGCCCUGUGUGUCACUUCAAGUUAAUAUGUUUAACAUUGGACGCGGAGCUUACUGAAAACACGGACAUUGCGCAACAUAAACAUCCCAUGACUCUUGUCAAUUUUUCAAUGUAUAUGCCAAUGCCAGGAACCUUUCACUACUAACAUAGUGUGCGGUAUUUGAAGUCUAGCACCGUCACUGCUAUCAUGGACAUGAGCUUGUUCGAUAUUGCAUGCGAUUAAGUUACCGACUGACUGAUCUACAAGAAACCUUGCAUCAUAAAUAACUACUGAUCAGUCAGUCACACUUUAUCCUGAUACAUUGCGGUUUUUUAUCCUCUCGAACACGGCCAAUGAUUUCAGAUGUUCUGUUGCACCUGCAUUGCAAUGAAAGUCACACAUUAGAUCUGUUUCAACGUUGCAAACAACAAACAGUUUACGCAAACGGCGCAUAGUAAUCCAGAAUACUUUUGAAUUCGUAGGCUAGGUAGAUUUCGUUGCCUGGGCGGGACUUAUUUCAUACUGUCACUGAACAAGGAAGUAGCCCAUGGUUUCCCAAUGAUGUAAACGAUGGAGACUGAACACUGUAGCCUAGAUUUAAACGAAGCGGUGUUGUCGCCAAUCAAACCAUUAUCGGACUGUUAUUUGGCGGCAUAUCACUUGUAGUCCCUCCCCCAUGCCUGUUUCCCCAGGCUACACCCAACUGGAGCAGAAUGAUCCGUGUAUGAACCCCCUGCGCAUCUCAGUCGGAGGACUUCCCAUGUUGGCCUCCAUGACCAACACUCCAGACCCCCGAUUCCGCCUCAAUUUGAAGGCCAUCGUAGCCCUGGUCCUGGCCAUUUCCCUGGUCCUCCUCUACAUGCACCUGAACCCGGGCUCCUACUCCGAGGUCCCCAGCUCCCGUAACUGGAAGUCUGGCCACAUGGCGGUGGACGAGGUGGCCGACCGCUACAAUGACACUUACCCGCUCAGCACCCCCGAGCGGACGCCGCAGGGCAUGCGCUACCGCAUCGGGGUCAUUGCCGACCUGGACACGGACUCGCGCAGCGACAAGAAGCUGACGUGGUUCAGCUACAUGCGCCGGGGCCACCUGCUGGUGUCGGAGAGUGGCACCAAGGUGGCCGUGGAAUGGGACGCGGAGAGGGUCCUGCUGGAGAGCCACCUGGCGGAGAAGGGCCGGGGCAUGGAGCUGUCAGAGCUGGUGGUGUUCAACGGGAAGCUGUACAGCGUGGAUGACCGAACGGGCGUGGUCUACCACAUCGACGGCAGCAAGGCUGUGCCCUGGGUCAUCCUGCCUGAUGGGGACGGCUCCGUCUCCAAAGGGUUCAAAGCAGAGUGGCUAGCAGUAAAGGACGAGCACUUGUACGUGGGUGGCCUGGGGAAAGAGUGGACAACCACCACGGGGGAGGUGGUCAACAACAACCCUGAGUGGGUAAAGGUGGUGGGCCAUCGGGGGGAUGUGCAGCACCAGAACUGGGUCCCCAAGUACAACCUCCUGAGGUCCGCAGCUGGGAUCGAACCUCCAGGUUACCUGAUCCACGAGUCGGCCGCGUGGAGCGACAGCCUGCAGCGCUGGUUCUUCCUCCCACGCCGCGCGAGCAAAGAGCGCUACGACGAGACGGCCGACGAGCGCCGUGCUGCCAACCUCGUCCUCAGCUGCUCGCCGGACUUCAAGGACGUCACCGUGAACCGGGUGGGCCCGCAUAACCCCACACACGGCUUUUCCUCUUUCAAGUUUGUCCCCAACACGGACAAUCAGAUCAUCGUGGCUCUCAAGUCGGAGGAGGACGCUGGGAAAAUUGCCUCGUACAUAAUGGCAUUCACACUGGACGGCCAGAUCCUGUUACCUGAAACCAAGAUAGGAGACGUGAAGUAUGAGGGUCUGGAGUUCAUUUAGAAAACAAGGACAUAUAGUAGCUAUGUGGAACAUAGUUGUUGACAUUCCAUGCACUCAAAAGUUAACUUGCUGCUUGUUAAUUGACUGUGAAGACGACACGCAGCCCAAUCGAUCAAUCACGGAUCAGAAGCCAUUUUGGUGUGACCUGAGGUAAGCAUCAAAUGGAAGACAACAGACUUAAACAGGGAGGGGCUACCUGUCAUUUUUUCAUUUUAUGUUGAAAAACAUUUAACAUUUUAAUUUAGUUGCAUGCCCUAAUGAACUCAACUCAAGGUUUCAGGGCCAAGACAUUCUGUAUAGUAAAUGGGAGCCGAGAAUAGCCUAGGCUACCUGAACAAAGUCCUCUAGUUGAGGAUGUCCUCUUGAUGGCCAUGCUCUACCUAGGCCAACGGCUGUCUUGUAAAGUAAUGUAGACUUUGUCAGAAUGAAUGUACAAAUGAUCAAUUCAUCUUAAACUGUGAUUUAACUCAUAGAAUGCAGAUACUGUACAUCCAGGAACUAAUGGAUUUGUUGUAUUUUCCCCCCAAUGUAUAUCACAGUUUUGUCUUAGUUUUUACUACAUAAAAUCAUAUACUUCAGGACACUAUACCCUACGUCAGGGAUCAUCAACUAGUUCAGCGGUGGGAUGAUUUUGUUCUUGAGCGGAUGGUCGGUGGGCCGGAACAUAAUUACAAAUCAUUUGUAGACUGGAAAUUGACCACAUGAAGCCCCAACAGAUAUAUUUGACUAACGUAAUCAUUUCAAACCGUGCUUACAUUUGUAUAUGAUCCCGCCUCUCUAUUGUGCAGGGGAAUACCUGGGAACAGACUUCCACAAUGAAAAUCACUUGGAGCUGAUUUGCUGGUGUUUUUAGUCUUUUAUGUCCAACAAUGAAAAUACAAAAAAUAAAAACCUGCUUUGUGACUCCAUUGACCUUUAUGAAAAUAUGUUUUUUAAUGGAAUAUAGAACAAGAGCAGAAUCUCACAUCAUCCUGUUUUGUUUUUCUGGUGUUUGUUGAGUAAAAUCUAUCUUGAUA